AUGGAGUUUGUCGGCUCGGGCGGGAUUUCAGACUCUAUUCCCGAUCCGGUCGGCUUCGACGCAGCGGCACACCCCACAGACGACGGCGUCCCUCCUCCUGCAGCAGCUGGUGCAACGGAAGACGUAGACCUCAACUCCCAGGCCCCCGACCUCGAUUUCGGCAUGUCAUUUGGUGAGUUGUUGCGCUCUCACACCGCCGGUGCUGUUGGGGGCUCAGGCCAACAGAUUGCCGGCGUUGGUUGUGGAUGCGGCAUCCCUUCGCCGAGCACUACUGCAACUUCGCCGAGCACUACUGCAACUCGGCGCGUCGCGCCCAUUCCAACCAAGUCGGGUGGUGGUACAGCCUCGGCCGCGAGGCCGUAUCAGCUUCCUCGUCGGGCCGGACCUGCUAUCAGAGCGACUACAACAGCUCCCAGCGCUCACAAUGGUGACCAUCAUCGUGUUUCCAGAGGUGAAGGGGACGAGGGAGGACGUCCCCCGGGUGGCCGUCGUCGUGGUGUUCGUGGCCGCCCAGCACAUGAUUCCGCCAUCAUAGGUGAAGAUGAGACUGCUCUUGCUCACGAUUCCAUGACGGAUGAGGUAAUGUUUGACAAGGCUGAUUGGAAUAGCGUCAAUAAUGAGGUGUUCUGUGAGUUGUGUGUUGCUGAGGCAAGAGCUGGGAAUAGGCCAAAUGGAUACCUAACUACUAGGGCCUAUAAGAACAUAUCAGACAAGUUCUACCAGAGAACCGGAUUGUGCCACUCCAGAAUUCAGCUAAAGAAUAGAUGGGAUUCACUUAAGGGCCUGUAUACCUUUUGGUUGUGGCUUAACAACCAUACUGGACUAGGCCGAGCUGCUAAUGGAUCAAUGGUGGCAAGUGAAAAAUUUUGGAAAGAUCAUACAAAGGGACAUUCUGAAUGGAAGAAGCUUAAGAAUGGGCCUCCGGAGUGUCUAGAGUACCUUGAAGUGAUGUUUGAGAAUGUGGUUGUCGAUGGAUCAUCGGCUCGUGCUCCAGGCGAACACAUCGCCGAAGAAGAAAAUGGUGGUGACGAUGGAUGCAAUAGGAGUCCUAUGAAUACCACUACUUUGAAGAGAGGUGGUACUACUGCUUCAACUGCCAGUAGCCCAAAGAAGAGAAUAAAGAGCCCUAUGGUUAAGAUAAUGAAAGGAAUCAUGGAGACCAUGCAGGCCAAUAGUGUUGUAGCUCAAAAGGUGAUGCAGGGGGAACUAAGGGCUGAGUCCAUACAGAAAGCAAUGCAGUUGGCUGUGGACAGUGGGGCAGUGGAAGGAAGCGUUGAACAUUUUAUGGCUACCCAGCUCCUUGCCAAGGCCGAAAAUCGUGAUGUCUUGUUUACGUUUACCACCAAUGAGGGUAGGCUAGCUUGGUUAAAGAGGUGGUGCCAGAAGGAGAACCUAUAUUAG